ACUGGAAUUCAGAGUGAUAAGAUCUGAAGUAAUUUCAAAUCAUAUCUUUCUUCUUUUUGUAAUGAAAAAGAAAAAAAAGUAAAAUGAAAUCAUAUAUGUCAAUUUUUAUUAGGAAAUAGAGAGCCACUGAGAGAAUUCUAGUGGCAUAUUUGGUUUUGGUCGGUCUCUGAAAGCAGAGAGCAGCAGCCGCUGAUAAAAUCAAGCAAUGGAUCCGCCGGUUAGCCUGGCUACCCUUGUCGUUUUAUGCAUAACUGUUACAGCAGCGACAGCCGUUGCUCAGAAGUUGGAGACAUCAGACUAUACGUUCGGCCCAUUCAACAGCUCUUACUAUGCUACUUUUGCAGUCCUACCGCCAGCUACAAUCAGCAAUGAUGCCCUUCAGGUGACUCCUGAUUCUGCCGGUAACUUCACCCUGGCGAGAAGGUCCGGCCGGGUACUCUUUAAUCGGUCUUUUAGGCUCUGGGAAGAAGAAAAAGGAGCAGUAAGGGUAGCUUCUUUCAAUACUUCCUUCCUCGUCAACGUGUAUCGGAUUGAUAACACCUCUGUCCCUGGAGAGGGCUUAGCUUUUUUAAUAGCCCCGGACCUCAACCUACCUCGAAACAGCCAUGGACAGUACCUGGGUUUGACUAACUCCACCACCGACGGCGAUCCCUCAAACAGCAUUGUUGCCAUUGAGCUUGACACCUUCAAGCAAGAUUUUGACCCGGAUGGCAACCACAUAGGUCUCGACAUUCACAGCGUCCGCUCCAAUAAGACCGUCUCCCUAUCCGACUUUGGUAUUGAAAUCGCUCCUGCUGAAACAAAACUCUACAUGGUCUGGGUCCAAUACAGCGGUGUCAAUAAGGAAUUGCAGGUUUACAUGGCAGAACGAGGGAGGGCUAAGCCGACUAUCCCAGUGCUCACAGCGGAUCUCGACCUUAAAGGCCUAGUCAAUCAGAACUCUUACUUUGGCUUUGCUGCGUCAACUGGGACCGCCAUCCAGCUCAACUGCGUUCUCGGGUGGAAUUUGACUGUAGAGCUGCUGCCUUCCGCCAUUGAAAAUGGGGAAAACAACAAUGAUCAUAAGCUGCUAAAGAUCGGGAUCGGGGUUGGGGUGUCUGGAGGAUUAGCGUUAUUAGUGAUUGCGGUUGCAUCUUUCAGUUGCUACAUCAGGAAGAAGAGGGCGGCUUGUGAGCCAAGCCUAAUGGGAGCACUCAAAAGCCUGCCAGGAACUCCGAGGGAAUUUAAGUACAGGGAUCUGAAGAAGGCAACCAGCAACUUCGAUGAGAAGAACAAGCUAGGUCAAGGUGGGUUUGGAGUGGUUUACAAAGGAGUGCUGCCCAAGGAAAAUAUCGCAGUGGCUGUGAAAAAAUUCUCCAGAGACAACCUCAAGAGCCAAGACGAUUUCUUGGCUGAGCUUACUAUCAUUAACCGUCUCCGUCAUAAACAUCUUGUCCGAUUAGUCGGGUGGUGCCACAAGAAUGAGGUGUUGCUUCUAGUAUAUGAAUACAUGCCAAAUGGGAGCUUGGACAGCCACAUAUUCCAUGGACCCGAAGAGAAGACCACCCUGGAGUGGAGACUCAGAUACAAUAUCAUUGCAGGCGUAGCAUCCGCGCUGCACUACCUCCAUAACGAGUACGACCAGAAAGUGGUGCAUCGGGACCUGAAGGCUAGCAACAUCAUGCUCGAUUCCAACUUCAAUGCUCGCCUAGGAGAUUUUGGCUUGGCUCGUGCCUUGGACAAUGAGAAGACAUCCUACGCAGAGCUCGAGGGAGUCCCUGGCACCAUGGGCUAUAUUGCUCCUGAAUGCUUUCAUACAGGUAAGGCCACCUGUGAGUCUGAUGUAUAUGGCUUUGGUGCGGUGGUUCUUGAGGUGGUGUGCGGAUUGCGUCCAUGGACCAAGGUUGGUGGGUUCCAAUUCUUGGUUGAUUGGGUGUGGUGGCUGCAUCGUGAAGGUCGCAUACUGGAGGCUGUUGAUGAGAGGCUGGGAAACGACUACAUUGUCGAGGAGGCACAGAGGCUGCUGUUGCUUGGGCUGGCAUGCUCCCAUCCAAUUGCUAGCGAGAGGCCUAAGGCACAGGCUAUCUUUCAGAUUAUAUCAGGAUUAGUGGCAGUGCCUCGCAUCCCACCUUUCAAGCCAGCUUUUGUGUGGCCUUCCACAGCAGGACCAGAUACUAGCGUGAGUAGCAUCAACAUGGACAUUACAGCUGAUACAACCCCUAUGACAUCUGGUUGGACCCCCCGAUGUGAUAGCCCUCAGAGCUAUUCUGGUGGACAGACAGACAGCUCUCUUCUCUAGCAAAGUUACUUUAUUCAGUCAUUUAUUUACAAGCGUUAUCCAAUUCAUGGGAAGAACAGGGUAUCAUCUAGGAGUUGGGUCGCAACUAUAUGUUGUUUCUUUUUUAGCUUUCUGUUUUUCCUCUUUAAAAUUUGAUUUUGGUUUUAUCAGAUCAUCAUUGGGAAGUGGGUGUCCAUGUAUACAUUUCAAUGCAACAGAAUUGUAUAGAUUUUAACUUUCAGUUUUCUGUAGUUAUGUUUAUGUUAUACCUGUUCGUA